ACAUCAUAUCUAUGCGUUUGUUUACUAGUAGCACAUGGUCAGGAAAUUUUCGAACAAAGUUUAAAAUUAUAUCUGUGCAAUGGAAGUUGGAAAAGUGGUGAUGCCUGGCGAUGUUCUGCUCGACAUUUCAACUUUGCAGGAUUCAAAUGAAAAGAUCAUUUUUGGUCCUGGCAUGAGAAGAGAAGACAAUAAAAUUAUUGCUAUAAAAUGUGGUGUUUUGAAAAAGAAUUCAUCAAAAGUUUAUUACAUUGAUAAUCAUCAAAUGAGGUAUGUACCAAAUCGGGGAGAAAAUGUAAUUGGAAUUGUCUUAAAGAAAGGGGCCGAUGAAGCAGUUGUUGACAUUGGAAGCAGUGAACCAGCUAUUGUAGACCUCCUCAGCUUUGAAGGUUCCACAAAAAGAAAUAAACCAGCACUGAAGAUUGGGGAUGUUCUAUAUGCAAAGAUUUUGACCGCCUGUAAAGACAUGGAGCCUGAACUUGUCUGUGUCAAUAGUUAUGGAAAGAGUGUUGGCUUUGGAGUUGUUCCAGAAGGUGGUUAUGUAUUAAAUGUUUCUUUGGAAUAUUGUAGAAGGUUACUUUUGCCUGAUUCCCUAAUACUAAAAAGACUAGGGAAUACCAUACCAUAUGAAAUUGCCAUUGGUGUAAAUGGAAGAAUAUGGGUUAGAUCUACAACAGUUGACAAGACACUACUUGUGGUUCAAGCUUUAUCAGUACUGGAAUAUGCAACUGCUAAUGAAAUAGAUAUGAUGUGUGAUCAGAUAUCAUCUGCUCCUGUUACAUAAUAUUAUUUAUUUCUGUCCUACUUUGUAAAUAUAAAUAAAACUUUUUUUUUCUUUUAAAAA